AUUUAUUUACCAAAAUGGCGACCAAACAAUUGAUUUUGCUGUAAAAUAAUAAUAAUAAUACUAAGUAAAAUAGACAUUAAUAGAUCUAGAUCUAGAUCUAUUUAUUAUUAUAUUAUAAUAUGCUUGGUAUUUUAACAUUAGGAUGUCUAAGAAGUACAGUCGCAGUUUGUUGCGCAUUUCUGUGGCACAGAUUUGCCAAAAUUUAGGCUGGCAUUCUGCUCAAAGCUCAUCCUUGGAAGUACUGACUGAUGUUUUGGAGAGAUACCUUUUGCAGCUCGGUGGGACAUGCCACAGAUAUGCUGAACAAUUUGGCCGCACACAAGCAAAUCUGGAUGACCUUGGCCUGACUUUUGGACACCUGGGUAUCAAUGUUUGUGAGCUGGAAGAUUAUGUGAAACAUGUUGACCCUGUGCCAUUUGCCCAUCAAGUGGUUUCUUUUCCUGCGCCCAAGUCAGGCAGCCUGGGUUUCCCAAACCCACGCAGUCGUGAGGUGCUACAACACAGGGAGGAGCAUAUACCUCAUCACUUACCUUAUAUGUUUCCUCACAUGAAAGAUGAAAUCCCAGAAGAAAAGACGAGCCCACCUGAUGAUGGUGUCAAGCCAGAUCCAACAGAGGAUGCUAGUGCUGGAGACAAGCGCCUUGCAGUCUCAGCUGCUGAACUACCAGCCAGCAAAAGACCAAGGCUUGGAAAUUGUAACCUCCCUGAAGAGGCAGGCCACUCCCAGUAUGAAAUGACGUGUGUCUUCAUGGGACCAAAUGGUGUCUUGACAACCCGCCAGGGGGUCCAGGGUCGUCAACCUGAACCCUGCAUGCCUCCCCCCAACCCUAGAACUCUGCUGGAAGCAGCCAACAAAGAGAACUCUGCCAAGUUGAGAGAUGCUGCAACUGGUCUGGGAGCUGGUGAUGGUCCAGCUUCUGGCAAACUGCUGGAGAAAAGCAAAAAGUCUCUCCACAAGAAAAUGGAGCAGCGACCAGAAGGAAAAGAUUAUUCCAAGAAGUCUGCAAGCAGCAAAGCAGCUGCAAAGUUCCUUAAAAAGUUAAAGUCUUCUAAAAAGUCAGCCAAAUUAUUUAAAAAGUCAAAGCAUAAAGAAGACAAUGCUAUCGAUGGAGGUAAAGAGAAAAAAUCCAAAGAAGAAAAGAGAGCAGAUAAAGGUAAAGAGAAAAGCUACCGUAAGGAAGGAGAAGACAAACAAGCACCUACAAGCAAACAUGAGCCGUUGAAAAAAAAAAAGGAGAAAAAAUCAACAGCUCUGAUUGAUUCUGAUGAAGAACUGCGUAAUCUCUCUUCUCCUUCUCCGAGUUCUUCCCCAGAUCAUUUUAUCAUCGCUGAUGGAGAAGUGGGUGAGAAAAAAGCCAUGGAUUCCAUCAAUGAUAGUAUUAAUACUGUUCUAAGGAAUGAACCAGAUGGAAAAAGUCAAAAGAAAAAAAAGAAAAGUAGUAAGAAUAAAGAAUCAGAUAGGGUAGGCAAUCAUAGCAAAACACAUGAACAGCAACUGAAAAGAAAACCAGGUCGACCCCCCAAACUUCAGAAAACCCCUGAAACAGGUCGACCCCCCAAACUUGAGAAAACAGCUGAAGUAGCCCCACCCCCCCUGGACAUGAAACCAUUUGUCUCAGAUAAGUACUCAUCUGCUGAGCUACAGGUGUAUGAGUUCAGUGACAGUCCACCAGACCCCCACCUUAAGCCCAGGCGACCCAGCGCCACUGACUUGCCUCCACCUGCUGCACCUAAAGUUGAGCCACCAGCAGCACCCAGAGUUCACAAGCCACACAAGAGGCUUCAACCAGAAGAUGAACUCUUUGCUCCUGAGAUCAAGUUUGAGUCCCGCCCUGAGCCAGCUGAUAACAAGCCACUCAAGUCAGAUGGGGUCAAGCCCAAGUUGAAAGAAGAGAGGAAGGCGGGCACCAGGGAUGAGAAGCUGGGUCCACACAAGACCUCAAGAGAUGCUCACAAGCAAAAGGAAAGAGACCAUAAAAAAGAUAGAAAAGAGAAAAGGAAAGAUAAAGAAAAGAAGAAGAAACACAAAGAUAGAGAUAAGGCAAAAGAAGUGGUGAAAAAACAUGAGGAUAAAGUGAAAGAGAAAUCUAGGGAAUCAUCUCCAGCUAUUGGACCAGGUGUCAAGCUCAAGAUCAAAAUUGGGGGCAUUGGGACUUCCAUGAUGGUCACAGGAGACAGCUCUGCAUUGUCGCCUCAUUCUGGCUCCAAGAGAGAAUCCAUGUCCCCCCCACGAGUGGUCCCCAAAUUACUGAUAACUAAACAAGCAAGUAGUGCCAAAUCAGGUCCUAGCAAGUCCAGAUCUACCUCACCCAGCAAGCCUUCACCCAGAUCCACUACACCAAACUCCCGCAACACCCCUACACCCCCUCCUGUUGCUCGCAAUACCUCAACACCUCCUCCCAUCCCUCGUCACAUUGAUACUACCCCAGCGCCAUCUAAAGCUAGCACAUCCGCCGCCCCUGAAAGAAAGCCCCCAAUCAAAAGUGUGAAAAAGGAAAGGAAGAAAAUGAGGAAAGAAUCUUUGUCUUCACUUUCACCCGACUCUUCUCCGUCCCCACCUGCUAAACGCCAGCCAGCAGCUAAACUUGAGCCAUCUUCACCAGCGCUCGCACCAUCCUCUCAUACAUCCUCACCCACCCCACCACCGCGGCGGAAAGUCACCCCUCCUCCGUCUUUAUCUCCUGCCAUGUUUGGCCGUGGCUGUCAUCGCUCCCCCUCCCCCACCAAGCCACCUACACCUGGUUCAACAUCUCCUGCCCAUUCACCCGAGUGGAACCUCCCUCUCUCCCCUGCACACCACCGCUCUCCCACUCCCACCCCCAGGACACCAACAGCCUCCCCUUUACCCUCCCCCUCUCACUCCUCCCCUCCUGGAAGCCCACCAGCCAGCCCCACACCAGGGUCUAAAGCCAAUCUGUCGCCUGCGUCUUCUGGAGGAAAAUCCUGCACAUCGCUCUCCAAACCUGCGCGCACUGUUGAGGCUGAGACAGUUUGUGUUUUUAUAGAUGAUUCAGGCCAGAAAGUUUGGAUCUGUCCAGCUUGCAAACUUCCAGAUGAUGGGACAGAAAUGAUUGGCUGUGACAUGUGUGAUAACUGGUAUCAUUGGCCGUGUGUUGGAAUCAAAGCAGAGCCCCCAGAGAGCCAAGACUGGUACUGUGAGAAAUGUUUACCUAAAACUAAACUCUCCUCCAGAGGAAGGGGAAGACCAAGGGGGCGUGGUAGAGGAAGGGGAAAGAAAAAACUGACUUGAGCUUCUUGCUCUUUACAAUUCUCAGAACAGCCAAUGGACAUUUUUUUCAUCUGAAAACUCUUGACAUUUUUAAAGAAACGAAAUCAUUUUAAAAAUCUUUGAAAAAUGUGUUCUCAAUUGUUAUUGUCUCUGUACAGUCCCAUCAGUAAGUUUGGUGUUUGCAUCAAAAUACCAUUACAUUUCAUUUUGACUGAAAGAAAACAUGAUUUACCUUGUGCUUUGUCAUUAACAAUUGAGCCUAAGAUAUAGAGCACCAAAUCACUUUUAAUUGACAAUUGAGCCUAAGAUAUAGAGCACCAAAUCAAUGUUAAUCCUGACCCAACAAACCUUUGUUGGUGCUUAUUGAUAUACAUCCCUACAAGCACCUUACUUAUUUAUGUACAGUAAGGCUAAGUAAGUACUAUUCAAACCUAUAAACUAAAGCUAUUAUUAGACCAUGAAGUAAACCUAACUAGUUUUGUGCUAUUCAAGAAAUUAGUUUUAAAAAUUGCAGCAGAUUUAAUUUUAAUUCUUUGGUUUUCUUUCACAUUCCUAAAACUUCUUCCAGCAAUUUUCAAAUGUUUAAGGUGGUCAGCUUGCCACUUUUUUGUGAACCAAACUAGUCAGACUGCUGACACACCUGACCUGUCAGACUGCUGACACACCUGACCUGUCAGACUGCUGACACACCUGACCUGUCAGACUGCUGACACACCUGACCUGUCAGACUGCUGACACACCUGACCUGUCAGACUGCUGACACACCUGACCUGUCAGAGACUGCACCUGGUCUGAUGCCCUGAAAAUGGUGCCCUCUGACCUGGCUCUUCUGUCCUUACAAAUCACACUGUCCAGUAGUGGCUGGCCUGGCUCUUCUGUUCUUACAAAUCACACUGUCCAGUAGUGGGUGGUCUGGCUCUUCUGUCCUUACAAAUCACACUGUCCAGUAGUGGCUGGCCUGGCUACAUACAGUCCCAUAUGAAAUUAUUGCUAAUUAGUACAAAUGACAGAUGGGCAUACGUUUAAAAAAACGUUUAAAAAACAUAGAUACAUUAAUAAAUUUGGUUUCUCUCAAUUCAUCAUCUUUUCUGUUUGUGCCUAGACAUGGGGCAGAUGAAGUAGACUUGAUCUGUUUCAACAACCUUGGCCUAAGUUUCCAUGAGUCGGGUAACCAUCCUUAAUCCUAGUUGGGUGUAUCCCACAGACUUGAACCCAGGAUUCAACUCUAUAGCUUAGCGUAAUAAAGUCUACCUUCCAACUAUGCCAUCCCUAGUACAAUUUAAAUAUCCUAGAACCCUAUGUAUGUAUUUAUAUUUGUGCUUAUAUAUAUAUAUAUAUAUAUAUAUAUAUAUAUAUAUAUAUAUAUAUAUAUAUAUAUAUAUAUACACACACACACACUAGGCUUACUGCUUUGCUUAGGGCCGCUUAGCAGUGUUUCUU